UGAAAAUGUAGGAGGAUGGGUUGCUUCACACUGCUUGCGGGACUCCAAAUUAUGUUGCUCCGGAGAGUUAUUCUCUUUGUUCUCAUGGCUGGUUAUUUGCCUUUUGAUGAGCCAAGCCUUAUAGGCUUGUAUAAGAAAAUCUGGGAGGCUUCUUUCAGCUGUCCAUCGUGGUUUUCAUCUGGUGCUAGGAAUUUGAUUAAGCGUAUUCUUGAUCCAAACCCUCUUACCCGUAUAACUAUUCCUGAAAUUCUACAAGAUGAAUGGUUCAAGAAAGGGUACAAGCCACCAAAAUUUGAGCAAGAUGAAGAUGUAAAUCUUGAUGAUAAUAUCUUAUAUUUUACAUGGUUAUGAUUUAAGUCCUUAUUUCAUUGAUAUCUUUAUAUUUAAUCUAAUUUUUAUUAUAUAUUUUAA